CUCGGCGCCAGGCAAACGCUUUAUCGAGGUGGACGCCCAGGAUCGCCAAGACAUCAAGCAUAUGAUCAAUGGCAAGACCUUGCACAGGAAAUUCGAUUUCACCUCGGCCUCACCCGUGGCGUCAGGUAAGCUCGCGGCGUACAGGGUUUGGACACAUCGGCGACUUGACUGACAAGAAUAUAGACAUGAUGCGGGCUGACUCUCGCAAGCACUCACAUUCGGCUGUGUCUUCACCGCCAUCUCGCUCGCAGGGUCAACCUGGCCUCAGUGAAGACGCCAAGCUUGACCACAAGGGUAAGAUGGAGGAGGACAUCAAGCUCCGCGACGCCUUCACUGAUCUGGCGUCCACAUCCUUGUCCUCUGGGACUUCAGGCCCUCUCGGCUCCAAUUUGCCCUUGCCCCCAUCGCACCUCGGCCCUGCGGAGACACGCACAAAUCGGCGCACGGAAUUUGAUAGACAGAAGCUCAAGUCCGCGACAAAAGACGGCCUGGGGAAGGAAAAGUCGACGGUCGAGACGUUGGAGAACUACACCGCACAUAUCUGCACCGACAUCGACGAGAAGAUGGCGAUGGACUACAAAAUACAUGCUCCACUCUGACACGACCAAUAUCCAGAAGUCCUACGAGCCGGCGAUCGCGAGGAUGUACGAGGUUAUGUCCACAAUGGUCCUGACGGUAGUGCCACAGGCGAUCGCUAAAUUGGAGUACUUCGAGACGUGGCUGCAGCAAGAGAUCCCGAACGCGGCCACGUACCGGUUAUCCACGAUGAGAACCAAGCUGGCGGAGGAGAGCACAACCGCUCUGUCCACCGAGUCUGCCAGGCUGGAGGGUAUCGAUGCUGACUCGAGGUCGGCGUCUCUCGAAACCUUCGUGCCCGCCGAGCUGGAGAAGAUUAUGCACAUCAUUCUGAACAUCCGCACUGGUGUUGGGCAGGAGGACCAAGGGCCGAAUCCCGUGGAAAUUGGGUCAGGAUCUUGGCGAUGAGCUGACCAAUGAGCUCAACCAGACGGCGCGCGCCAAGACGGACCCCAGGGAUUCGAAUGCGGUGUACUUCAACACGCUGCGCCUCCACAUCUCCUCGCCCGAUAGCAUCCAUAAGCUCGGUGCCCUCUUGAACCACUUCGAGCCUGGCUCCGAAUUCGCAUCGCAGUCUACCACAGCCUCGCCAUCGAUUCCGUCAUCGACGGCCUCAUCGAUUUCGACACCUUCAUAUUCUGAGUCGCCCGCCCCGCCCGCGGCAAGGUCGGCGGCUCUCUGGUACCCCAAUGUGCUUUUUAUUUCCAGUGGGUGGGGGGAGCCGGCAUGUGCUCACAUAAAUAUUGCUCACACCGUCUUGUUGUACAUGCGCGCGCUGCCCCGUCUAGUCCAAACAGCAUUCGCUGUGAGGGUGCAAGGAUUUUGGUCGGUGUAUAAUUGCGUUCU